AUGAAACUCAGAUCUAGGACAAUAGUAGCGACGAUACUGGUGUUGUUCACGCUAACAUGGUUGAUUCCACGUACAAGGAAUAGUAGGACCUCGACGUCGUUGCCCGGUUCGAGCUCGCGCAAGCAACAGCACCCUGGUCUGUCUAUCAAAGAGUAUGGGUUGGUGGGACCGAGAUUCUACGAGUAUGGUGACAAAGUGGACGUUAUUGUGAACAAAGUUGAGUCGGACCUCACGCACUUUAGCUUCGGGUACUACGACCUCCAUUUCACAUGUCCUCCAUCAAACAACGUCAAGGCGUUGCCCUUGACUUUUAGCGACAUCUUGCUCGGAAACAAAAAGUGGGAAUCGGACUACAAACUCAGCUUUGGUAAGGACGAGGACUGUGUUAGACUCUGCGACCGGAAAACUUAUGCUGAGGGGAAGAAACAGGCCCACGAACUUAUCAAACAGGAUUAUGUCGUACAAUGGCUCACGGACAAAGAACUUCCGGGCGCUACCACGUACCUCAGUACCAUAGACCAGAAGAAGUACUACUCCUCGGGGUUCCCGCUAGGCCACUACGAUCAAGAAACAGGCGAAACGUACAUCAAUAACCAUGUGAUGCUCGUGAUCCGUUACCACACAAAUGACCAGGGCAAACAUACAAUAGUCGGAUUCGAAGUAUACCCUAAAUCAGUCUCCGAUUAUCACUGUCCCGGUGCCUCGAAAAACUAUCAACCUUACAAAAUCGACCCAACCAAUGAAGAGAUUGAAUACAUCCCUUUCACUUACUCGGUAUAUUGGAGAGAAGAUUUGAAGGUCGACUGGAAACAUAGAUGGAAUUUCUUCAUCAAUGCUGGAGAGUUGAAAGAAUCAACUUCUAACCAGUUCCAUUGGAUCACUUUGGCAAACGGACUCGUCGUUACCUCAUUCCUUCUACUAAUCGUCAUUACCAUCUUGAAAAAACAAGAAACAGACGGAUCCAUCAUUACGCAAUUGGCGGGUGAAUGGCUCAAAUCAAGAGUCCCCUUGAACUUCCAGUUGAAUCUACUAGUAUCAAUGGGUAUCCAUUUCCUUUUCACCACUUUGGGAACUUUGAUCAUAUCUUGCUCUUUGAACCAGUCGCAUAGUAUUGGAAAUUCAGUCAUCACUUGCGCGCUCUUCUUCUUCAUCAGCGGCAGUUUCACAUCUUCAUUCGUCGGUGUCCUGCUAGAAGGGCAGGCCUCUUCGCAGCGCUUGCUCUACCACUCGGUUUUUUUCGGCUCGACACUUCCAUGCGUUACGCUAUUUAUCGUACUGAUCUUAAACAACAUCCUAAAAGCUAAUGAUGCAGUCAAUACAAUUCCACAAAAUGUUAUCUUAUUGUCCUUUGCCGUCUACUUCGCGUUAUGCAUCCCAAUUUCUAUAAUAGGUGGGAAGUGUGCCGCUAGACUUUUCAAAAUGAAAACUACGAACAACUUCCUCAAGAAAUUCCAACUAACAGAAAUGUCCAAUCGCGAUGUGAGACCAGUGUAUGUCGAUAGCAAGAACAGCACCCCAUUCCUUUUGAGUAACCCAAUCGCAAUUACCUUUAUUUUCGGUUUGAUCCCAUUCGCCCUUAUUUAUGUGGAACUAUUGUUCGCAUACAAAUCAUUAUGGUUACAAAAGACUACAUUAUAUUACUUAUACGGGUUCCUCCUAGGUAAUAUCUUAAUUGUUUGCACCUGUAUUUGCUUACAAUCCAUCAUCGGGUGUUAUGUUCAUCUACAUUACGGUAAUGACUCGCUGAGCUUCAAGUGGAAUAAUAUAUUUGGCAAGAUUUUGGAGGCAUGUCACUCAUGGAGAUGGAAAGCCUUUCAUAUGGGUGGUGCCGUAGCAUGGUACUUGGAAAUAUACUCUAUCUUCUACUUGAUAUUUGUGGCCAAGUACAGAGAUUUCAUCUCUUCUUUCCUAUUUGUGUGCUAUAGUACCUUCUUCAACAUUCUUUGUUGGACGGCUUUUGGAUCGCUAAGUUACCUCUGUUCUCUCUGGUUCAUCGGUAAAAUGAAUGAAUUUAAUAAGGAAAAAUGA